AGACUUAUUGAUACACAUGUGUGAAUGGUUUAAAAGCUAAAACGUUUUCCCAUCUUAUUUUAUUAUUUCCUGACUCAGCUUACUAGCAAACCUGUCGUCAUCAUUGUUUGGUUAUUGUCAACGAUGCUAACGCUAACGCUAAUGCUAACGCUAAUGCUAACGCUGAUGCUAACGCUAGCUAACUUAACGUUACAGUAUGUAAAUCUGUCUUGUAUCUCUUCUAACUUUGUAACAUUAGACCUGAGUAAGUUUUGCAUGUCACAUUCAUUCAUGCAUUCAUAAUUAGGCUAAAUGUAUUGUGCAAGAUAUAGUGACAUGCAUCAUGACAUGCGACUAUUACAGUAUGAAAAGAAAUCAGAACAUUCAGGGAUUCUUCAAAAGAAAGAAAUCCAAAACAACAGAGCAGGACAGAGCAGCAGAAGCCAGCAGUGCUAGUCAGUCUGAGGAUGAGAGCCAGCUUGACUCUGCUAGGGAUGUACAGCAGGAGCCUCCAGCUUCAGCUGUACACAUGGACUCAGACAAGGAUACUGGUGAUGAAGGCCCUUCAUCUUCACUUGCACAUCAGGGUGUGUCAAGUCAGCCACUCUCUGACAAUGACACUGACACUGAGAACCAUCCAGCAGUACCUGCAGGCCAUGCAGUGACACGUGGGGAUGGUGAUGCAGCAGCCCUUGUGGCCCCACCUGGACCUCAUGAUAUUUCACAGUCAAGAGCAGCAGGUCCCUCUCAGCCUCGUUUAAAGGUUUUUCCAAGAACCCUCCAAGGUGAGAAGAGGAGGGCGUUCAAUCCAGUGUGGUUUAACCACAAUUCCUGGCUUGAAUACUCACAAAGCAAAGAUUCAGCCUACUGUUACGCAUGCAGACACUUCUCCCUGCCUGGCGCGUCAGAAUCUGUUUUCUCCUCAGAAUCAGGCUUUUCACACUGGGAAAAAGCAACGUACAAAGAUGCUGGCUUUAAGUUGCAUGAGAAAUCUGAGUCUCACAUUAAUGCCAUGUUUGCUUGGAAUGAGCACAAGAGGCUAUUGCUUACAGAUUCUUCUAUCUUAGAUAUGAUUAACAAAGAGUACAAAAAGAAAGUUGAAGAGAAUCGCAGUUACAUUAAAACAGUUGCAGAUGUACUGCUUUUGACAGCAACACAGAAUAUAGCAUAAAGAGGUCACCGUGAAUCGGAAGAAUAUGACAACAAAGGGAAUUUCUUAGGAAUUCUAGAAAUGAUCGCUAAACACAAUCCUAUGGUAGCCCAAAAAAUGAAGGGACAACGCAAUGCAAAAUGCACAAGCAAUACCAUACAGAAUGAAAUUCUGCAGUGCUUAGCAAGUAUGGUGCGUGAUGAGAUUGUGAAGGAAGUGAAGGAGAGUGUGGUAUUCUCUGUCAUUGCUGAUGAAACCAAAGAUCUGAAAAAGAAGGAGCAGCUGUCAUUAGUAGUUAGGUAUUACUACAACGGGGCUGUGCAUGAAAGCUUUCUUGAUUUCCAACAUGCCCAACAUCUAGAUGCUAAGGGGCUCAGCGAAAUGAUCAUCCAGUGUUUAGAAAGAUAUGGCCUUCAGUACAAAGAAAAUCUUGUUGGACAAGGUUAUGAUGGGGCCUCAGUGAUGAGUGGCAAACACACAGGUGUGGCAGCCAGAAUUAAGACAGAGGCUAAACAUGCGUUUUAUGUCCACUGUAAUGCGCACUGUCUGAACCUGGUCUUAGUUGACACUGUGAAGUCAGUUCCAGAGGCUGAUUGCUUCUUCUCACUGCUUGAGAAGCUCUAUGUGUACAUGUCAGGAUCUUAUGUGCACCAGAAAUGGCUGGAUGUUCAAAAGGAGAUG